AAGAGCAUUUAGUUUCAUUGGCAGAGACGGGAUGCUAUAAAAAUGCUUAGUUUGCAUCUGUAUUAAAAAGAGUAUCAUUUAUUAGUGCAUCUUAAUGUCUUUUCAGGAGAAUGUUAUAAUUCCAAAUAGUAAAGUCGUACUAGUAGAUCUAUAUGCCAUUGGUAUUAUCCGACACGAACGCACUUACUCCUUUGCACAACUGUAUUCGGGAUAUUGCCCCAAAUUUUUUGCACUUAAAUGAGAAUAAGACUGAAUAUUUUUUUAUUAGCCUUGAUCCAGCCGCAGUGCUAUCCAGUUUAGGUGCCUCUGCCCCCUCACUUACAGACAUGGUGAGAAAUCUUGGAGUAAUAUUUGACAAUGACUUUACUUUCGAUAACCAGAUUAGGGCCGUGGUCAAGACCAGUUUUUUACACCUCCGACUUUUAACGAAGGUGAAGCCCUUCUUGUCAUGUGGAGACUUAGAAAAAGCAGUCCACACUUUUAUUACUUCACGUUUGGACUAUUGCAAUGCCCUUUAUGUUGGUGUGUCCCAAGCUGUGCUGCGUAAACUUCAGCUGGUACAAAACAUGGCUGCUCGGUUGUUGUCGAACACUCCCAGACAGUAACUUUGUCCUGGGGAAUGCACAGGUCCAGUCCCUCUACCCCAUAGUCUACAGCUCUGAUGGUUUCUGUGAACUGACCGGCUUUGCCCGCGGUGAGCUGAUGCAGAAGAGCUGCAUGUGUCACUUCCUGUAUGGCAGCGAGACCAGCGAUCGUCUCACCUCGCAGAUGCAGAAAGCGCUGGAUGAACGUGAAGAGUUUAAGACUGAGAUCAUUCUGUAUAAGAAGAGUGGCUCUAAGUUCUGGUGUCUGCUGGAUAUUGUGCCCAUAAAGAAUGAGAAGAGUGACGUGGUCCUGUUCCUGGUCUCACACAAGGACAUCACUGAAAAUAAGGACCUAGACCAUGGCAAUGAAUCUGACACUGAUGAUGAAACAGGCCUGGAGAUCCAUCAGAUCAGCUGCCCUCCGGGCUUUAACAUGGCGCGGCGCCGUAGCAGGGCUGUUCUUUACCAGCUGUCUGGGCACCUACAGAAACCAGACAAAACAAAGAGCAAGCUCAAGAUCAACACCAAUGUUCUGGGAGCCAAUGCUAACCCGGUCCCAGAGUACAAGGUGGCGGACAUCCAGAAGUCUCGUUUCAUCCUCCUUCACUACGGUGCAUUCAAGGCCGUCUGGGACUGGCUGAUCUUGUUGGCCACGUUCUACGUCGCCAUUACUGUUCCCUAUAACGUGUGCUUCACAACGGUGGAGGUACGAGAGGAUGGUGGCUCUGCAGCACGAAACCCUCCGAGUGUCAGCGAUAUCUUGGUGGAGAUCCUCUUUAUCAUUGAUAUUGUGCUGAACUUUCGAACUACCUACGUGAGCACAUCUGGACAGGUAGUGUAUGACGCGCGCUCCAUCUGCAUACACUACGUCACGUCCUGGCUGUUUGUGGAUCUGAUCGCCGCCUUGCCCUUUGACCUGCUGUACGCCUUCAAUAUCAGUGUGAACUUCGGGGUGCACCUGCUGAAGACGGUGCGCCUCCUGCGCCUCUUGCGUCUCCUCCAGAAGCUGGAUCGUUACUCCCAGUACAGCGCUGUGGUCCUCACCUUGCUGAUGUCCACGUUCGCCCUGCUGGCCCACUGGAUGGCCUGCGUCUGGUACUUCAUUGGACGUAGUGAGAUCGAAAGUAACAGUCCCACCUCCUGGGAUAUAGGCUGGCUCCAUGAACUGGCCAAACGCUUGGGAACGCCGUACUUCCUGGCACCACUGACCUCCUUGUUGGGAGUCUCUGAUUCACCUCAAGGCACCAUGACAGAAGGACUGACCAAUUACAGCCAGUGCAACAGCUCACUGAAUGGUCCCGGUUGGGGUUCAGGGCAGUGGAACGGCAGCAGGACCAGAGCGAGGACACCGAACAACUCAGGGAUGACUCUGAGCGGUGGUCCGUCUGUCAGGAGCUCCUAUGUGACAUCACUGUACUUUGCUCUAAGCAGCCUCACCAGCGUGGGAUUCGGCAACGUUUCAGCCAACACAGACUCCGAGAAGAUCUUCUCCAUCUGCACCAUGCUGAUUGGAGCAUUAAUGCAUGCUGUGGUGUUUGGCAAUGUGACUGCCAUCAUCCAGAGGAUGUACUCACGCCGCUCCCUCUACCACACCCGCACCAAGGACCUGAAGGACUUCAUCCGGGUCCACCGGCUGCCCAAGACUCUCGAGCAACGCAUGAUGGAAUGUUUCCAGACGACAUGGUCUGUCAACAAUGGUAUUGACGUCAGCGAGCUGCUGAAGGACUUCCCAGAUGAACUGAGGGCUGACAUCGCCAUGCACCUGAACAAGGAGCUGCUGCAACUGCCACUCUUUGAGUCAGCCAGCAGGGGAUGUCUGCGCUCGCUCUCCCUCAUCAUCAAAACCUCCUUCUGUGCUCCCGGGGAGUUCCUCAUCCGCCAGGGAGACGCCCUCCAAGCCAUCUACUUCGUUUGCUCAGGCUCCAUGGAGGUACUGAAGGACAACACUGUGCUGGCCAUCCUGGGUAGGGGUGACCUGAUUGGCUCUGACUGUAUGACACAGGAGGAAGUGAUUAAGACCAAUGCAUGUGUGAAGGCCCUGACCUACUGUGACCUGCAGUACAUCAGUCUCAAAGGCCUCCGCGAAGUGCUCGGCCUCUAUCCUGACUAUGCGCAGAAGUUUCUCACUGAGAUCCAGCAUGAUCUAACAUACAACCUCCGGGAAGGACACAACACUGAGGCAGACUGUGAGAGCAACGGAGGGAUCAUGAAGAAACUUCCUUCCAUCAGGGAGGAUGAGGAAGCAUCAGGGUCUGAGGGGGAGCACUCCCCUCUUCCCAGGAUUGCUGCCCUUGGCAGGUUGGGCAAAGGCCUGCGCUCUCCCCUGCGCUCCCCUCUGCGCUCCCCAUUGCUGCCACCGAGACCCUUCAGACCGGUGAGCGAUUGCACUCGGCCCUCCAGCUUGCAGAUCCCCGUGAUGAGCUUCAGCUGCCUGCAGCCAGAUCUCAGCCCUCGGUUUGUAGAUGGGAUCGAGACAGAAAACCAAAAUGGUUCAGCUCAGAAGUUUGAUUUUUCUCCCAGUGAAACCCACAGAGUCCUACCCAGCCCUAAGUCAGCGACCUCAGGAUGCUUGCAUGUGUCCACAGGGCCUCAUGAUGAGUGGGACACUGCGCAGACUAUUGCUAAGCUAAAAUAUGAGAUGAGCGUCCUUUCCCAUCAGGUAACUGCUGUGAGUCAGGAGCUGCAGGAAAUGAUUCGUCUUCUCAAACCCCUCUUCCACCCGUCCACGCUGUUGAUCCCCAGCACUGUGACUCCUCCCAGCGUCUCUUCACACAGCUGCUCCAUGGCCCCGCCCCUACUUACCCAACAUGCACCUGUGGAUUGUUCAAUCCAUCAGAAUGCUCCGUCCAUUCUGGUACCUGAACCAUCUUCACCUCAGCUGAGCAGGAAGGUGCUACAAGGAGAAUUUGAUCCACUUCAGUAUUCCCCCUCUCGGACCAGCAUCCUCCAUAGUCCACCAGUUCUUCACCAGACCACCCUCCCAGUGUCUCAUUGCUCAGCCCCACCGUCACUCAACAGCUCUCCCCAUGAGCACACAAUUAUGCCGCAUCCCUGCUCAUCUUCCUCCAUACUUUCUCUUUCUUCAACAAGCCACCCAUCAUCCACCACUCCACUGCUGGUAGAUUUAUCAGGACCUGGACGUCAAUCCCAUCUCCUGCUCCAUUCCCAGUCUGAGUCCCAGCUCCAGUUCCAUCCUGAGUGCCAGUUUGUAUCCCAGUCUUAUCCCCAUUCCCUUUCGCAGCCUCACCUCCGGCCCCUUCUCCAGACCUCUAGCUCAGCAUCACGCCCUUGGAAACCCUUCCUGGACCUGCAAGAGGUGGAGUGGGAGGAGCGCACCGCCCAGCUCAGCUUCAUCGAUGAAGGACAACCGUCAGUGUGAACAGACAAACAACACCCUGACACACCUUGCACAGCUUAUUGCAUGACAAACAUUUGCCCAAAGUUUGGGAUGUGAGCUACGAUAUAAAUACAAGUUUAAACUAUUAUUAACUAUGAUCAUGAGCACCAGGUGUAAGCAGGUCUGAUAAUAAAAGAGUUUUUCAGUUUCAUCUGGAUUUAUUUAAUACUCCUGAGUGAUAUAAAAGCAAGAUGACUGAUCCUACAAUAAUCCAAACCUUUUUAAAGCCUCAGCAAAAAUAAGAAGAAGCUUAAACAUCUGCGUGCUGAACAGGGUCAGACGAACUCACAGUCCUCUAACGUCAACGUUAUCAACUUUCACAA